UUAUCACCGUUUUUUUUUUUUUUUUUUUUAAACGAAAAUGGCGAACGACUCUCCGGCCAAAAGUCUGGUGGAUAUAGACCUGGCAUCCCUGCGGGAUCCUGCUGGGAUUUUCGAGUUGGUGGAAGUAGUCGGAAAUGGCACCUAUGGACAAGUCUACAAGGGUCGUCAUGUCAAGACAGGACAACUGGCAGCCAUCAAAGUCAUGGAUGUCACCGAGGAUGAAGAGGAGGAAAUCAAGCUGGAAAUCAACAUGCUGAAGAAGUACUCCCACCACAGAAACAUAGCCACCUACUAUGGAGCCUUCAUCAAAAAAAGUCCGCCGGGCCACGACGACCAGCUAUGGCUGGUGAUGGAGUUCUGUGGUGCAGGUUCCAUCACAGACCUGGUGAAGAACACCAAAGGCAACUCACUGAAGGAGGACUGGAUCGCCUACAUCUCCCGAGAGAUCCUCAGGGGAUUAGCUCACCUGCAUGCUCAUCAUGUCAUCCACCGCGACAUCAAGGGACAAAAUGUGCUGCUGACUGAAAACGCUGAGGUGAAACUGGUGGACUUUGGUGUGAGUGCUCAGCUGGACCGGACGGUAGGUCGAAGGAACACCUUCAUCGGGACACCAUAUUGGAUGGCUCCAGAGGUCAUUGCUUGUGAUGAAAACCCAGACGCCACCUACGACUACAGGAGCGACCUGUGGUCCUGUGGAAUCACAGCCAUAGAGAUGGCGGAGGGAGCCCCCCCACUGUGUGACAUGCAUCCAAUGAGAGCCCUCUUCCUCAUUCCCAGAAACCCUCCUCCUCGACUCAAGUCCAAAAAAUGGUCAAAGAAGUUCUUCAGCUUCAUUGAGGGCUGCCUGGUGAAGAAUUACACUCAGCGUCCCCCUACUGAGCAGCUGCUGAAACACCCGUUCAUCCGGGACCAGCCCAACGAGAGGCAGGUCCGCAUCCAGCUCAAAGACCACAUCGACCGAACCAAGAAGAAGAGGGGCGAGAAGGAUGAGACUGAGUAUGAAUACAGUGGCAGUGAAGAAGAGGAGGAAGAGGCAUCUGAGCAAGAAGGAGAGCCAAGCUCCAUAGUCAACGUGCCGGGUGAGUCGACCUUGCGCCGUGACUUCAUCCGGCUGCAGCAGGAGAACAAGGAGCGCUCGGAGGCUCUGCGCCGCCAACAGCUCCUCCAGGAACAGCAGCUCCGCGAGCAGGAGGAGUACAAGCGCCAGCUACUGGCUGAGAGGCAGAAACGUAUCGAGCAGCAGAAGGAGCAGAGGAGACGGCUGGAGGAGCAACAACGGCGUGAGCGGGAGAUGAGGAGGCAGCAGGAGCGCGAGCAGCGCCGGCGUGAGCAAGAGGAGAAGAGACGCAUCGAGGAGAUGGAGCGACGCCGAAAAGAGGAGGAAGAGCGUAGGAGGGCCGAGGAGGAAAAGAGGAGGGCCGACCGAGAACAGGAGUACAUCCGUCGCCAGUUGGAGGAAGAGCAGAGGCACCUGGAGAUCCUGCAGCAGCAGCUGCUCCAUGAACAGGCCAUGCUGCUGGAGUAUAAAUGGCGGGAGCUUGAGGAGCAGCGCCAAGCACAGAAGCUCCAGAGACAACUGCAGCAGGAGCAGGCCUACCUGCUGUCCCUCCAGCAAAACCAGAACCUGGCCAGUAGCAAAACAGCCCCGCAACAGAGCACCAAACCCCCACAGAACGUUGAACCCGAUAGCGUAAAGCCCCCGCAGAGUCCUGGCCCGGAUGCAACAAAACAACCACAGAACACUGACUUUGAGAGGACACGGUCCAGUCAGAAUCACAGUCUGGAGAAAACUACAGACACCAAGCUACCUGUCGCUGACCUCCAAGGCCCCGCCCCUGACUCUGAGUCAGUCAGAGAGGCUGAUGAGCGAUACCGGAAGAACAUCCAGGGCUCUCCCCAGUCAGCUCAGACCAAACCACAGCAGCCUCCGGUGCCGCCGCGCUCCGAGUCUUCCUACCCCAACGGGAACCCGGCAUCUGAGGCGCCCGCCAUGCACCGCCCUGUGGAACCACAGGUCCGUUCCCAUCUGGCUGCUUUAAAGAGCAGCGGCAGCGCGGCCUCAAACUCCUCCGCUACCACGCCGCCCGUUGUGUCGCGCUCGCACUCCUUCAGCGAGCCACUCGCCCCUAGCUUUGAAAAUCUUCACCUUCGCAACAGCCAGGAACUCCACCAACACCAUCACCCUCCAUCUUCAUCACCAUCUUCCUCAUCAUCAACGCCUGCACGCACUGACCCACAACCCCACCCCCAGCCUAGGCCCUCCCCCCAUGAACCGGCCCCCUCAGAGGUCCCGCCCAGGGUUCCUGUAAGGACUACGUCAAGGUCCCCGGGGUUGUCGAGGCGAGACUCGCCUCAUCACCACGGCAGCGCCUCACACAGCAGCCAAGCCGUGCAUCGCAAUGCCGCCAGUGCAGCGGAGCCUCGGCUGCUGUGGGAGCGAGUGGAGAAACUGGUUCCCAGACCAACCAGUAACAGCGGCAGCGGAGGCUCCAGUUCCUCCAGCAGCUCCAGUAACUCCAGCUCUCAGCCCAGUUCUCACUGCGGCUCUGGAGAGAGGUUCAGGGCCCGCUCCUCUUCCAAAUCGGAGGGCUCGCCCCUCCAACGGCCAGAGAAUGCUGGGAAAAAACCAGAGGAGAGGAGGGACUUGGUCAGGCCGAACAGACCAGCGGACCUGACGGCUCUGGCCAAGGAGCUGCGUGCAGUGGAUGACGUUCGCCCCCCAAAUAAAGUGACGGAUUAUUCAUCCUCCAGUGACGAAUCAGACACCACCGAUGAGGAUGACGACGAAGAGGUGGACCAGGAGGCAGGUGAAGAGUCGACCUCUGGCCCGGAGGACUCCAGAGCUGUUUCUUCCAGGCUGAGCAAUGGAGAGACAGAGUCAGUGAAAACCAUGAUCGUCCACGACGAAGGCGAGAGCGAUGCAGGCUCAACGCCCUGCAAAGACAGCACUCUGAUCGUCAGACAGAGUGCAGGUGACAAGAGAAAGCAUCCGGGCCCGGGCCCGGGCCAAGCCCAGACCCCUGGCCUGCUUGCAGGCUUUGCCCCAAGCCCCGGCUCGGUGUCGGGCCCGGGUCUCGGCCACCACACCCCAAGCCCCCACCAUCAUCAUCAUCACCACCACCACCAUCACCCCACACAGCACACGGACAGGAACGGCUUUGCGAGCCGCAUCCACCACCUCCCAGACCUGAUCCAGCAGAGCCACCAUUCCUCCCCCUCCUCCUCUGCAUCCAACUCCCCUUCCUCCUCCAGCCUUGCCAGCCCCUCCUCCAUGUCCCCCCAGAGUCCCCUGGACAAGCUCGGCAUCCUCACAGAGAGCCAGUCUAGUAGCAACAUGCAGAAACACAAGUCUUCUUCCUCCUUCACUCCGUUCAUCGACCCACGCCUCCUCCAAGUCUCUCCAUCCACCGGCAGUGCCCUCAACAAUGUUGGCUACGCCAACGACGCCCGGCUGGCGGAGGCGCUGAGGGCCGACCCAUCUCGGAAGGGCUCCGUGGUCAACGUUAACCCGGUCAACACUCGCCCUCAGAGCGACACGCCAGAGAUCCGCAAAUACAAGAAGAGGUUCAACUCUGAGAUCCUGUGUGCUGCACUCUGGGGAGUGAACCUGUUGGUGGGAACGGAGAGCGGUCUGAUGCUGUUGGAUCGAAGCGGUCAGGGGAAAGUUUAUCCUCUGAUCAACCGACGACGCUUCCAGCAGAUGGACGUCCUGGAGGGUCUCAACGUUCUGGUUACUAUAUCAGGUAAGAAGAACAAACUCCGCGUGUACUACCUGUCCUGGCUGAGGAACAAGAUUCUGCACAAUGACCCCGAGGUGGAGAAGAAGCAGGGUUGGACCACUGUUGGAGACCUGGAGGGCUGCGUCCACUACAAAGUUGUGAAAUAUGAGAGGAUCAAAUUCUUGGUUCUGGCCCUGAAGAACUCAGUGGAGGUCUACGCCUGGGCACCCAAGCCCUACCACAAGUUCAUGGCCUUCAAGUCUUUUGGUGACUUGGUGCACAAACCCCUGCUGGUUGACCUGACCGUGGAGGAAGGUCAGAGGCUAAAGGUCAUCUACGGCUCAUGCUCAGGCUUCCACGCCGUGGAUGUCGACUCCGGGGCUGUCUACGACAUCUACCUGCCCACACACAUCCAAACCAGUAUCCAGUCUCACGCCAUCAUCAUCCUGCCCAACACCGAUGGCAUCGAGCUGCUGGUGUGCUACGAGGACGAGGGUGUUUACGUUAACACCUACGGACGCAUCACCAAGGACGUGGUGCUGCAGUGGGGGGAGAUGCCCACCUCAGUGGCGUACAUUCGUUCAAACCAGAUCAUGGGUUGGGGGGAGAAGGCCAUAGAGAUCCGCUCAGUGGAGACCGGCCAUCUGGAUGGUGUCUUCAUGCACAAGAGAGCCCAGAGACUCAAGUUCCUCUGUGAAAGAAAUGACAAGGUGUUCUUUGCCUCCGUUCGGUCCGGAGGUUCCAGCCAGGUCUACUUUAUGACUCUGGGCCGAAGCAACCUGCUCAGCUGGUAGAGGUCCAACCCCUGACCCCCCCCUCCUCCUCCUCCUCCUCGUCCUCCUGCUCCUCCUCAUCGUCCUCAUUGUCCUCCAACCCCCCGCUAACACUGGAUCUGAACCCCCCCCCACCCAUGGACAACAAAAAGAGAACAAAAACAACCAACCAACCAGCCCUUUUGGAGCAGUCGACAACAAUGGCUUCACCUUCCCUCUGGAGCCACAGCCUUGCUGCAUCCAAGCUCCGGGGCUGCCUGCCGCACAGUGACAACCGUUCAGGCAGUCACCCGUCAACCCCACCCCCCCCCGAAAUACCGGAAGUGACGGCUCGUGUACAAAAUAAAAUCGGUGAUUAAUUAAUAUAUGAAAGGAAGUAGAAAUAAAUUAAAUGUGAAUUCAAGAAAAGGGGGCAAAGGACUUUUUGUCUCCCUCUCUCUUUUCUUGGUGCUCAUCAGAUUGCAAUGGGAUACAUUUUGUACCUCUGCAUCAUUUCUGUGCUCCUGGGCUGGUCAGUAAGCUUGAGGUCUUCUACUAGUACUGCUGCCCCUAUUACUACUACUACUACUGCUACUACCUGCUGCAGGUCUGCCUCUUCUAAGAGAGUUCCCCCUCUGCCCCGGGUCCUUGCCCUCCACCCUUGCUUGUGAGCAUUUCAUGGGGCCGGUGGGGUCGGAGUCUGUCGUUCUAAUGCUACAGUAGCGUGUGUAAAUGUACUUCUGUUUGGUCCGGUUACUGCUUACAUGCUGGUUAGAGGUCGUGACUGUCAGCCAGGGGGGGGGGGUACACUGUAAAACCCUGGAGCUGGUGGGACUCAUCACGGAGACAAGCAGGCGGGAGGGGCCCUAAUAUUUGAGGUUUUACUGUAAGUCUGAUCGAUGGGAUUCGACAGGAGGGGGUGCGCGUCGUUGAAGUAUUGUGUUGUUCGGAAAGGUGCUUUAAAAAAAGGGGACGAUGGAGAAAGAGAUGUUGAAGCAGAUGGAUUUCAGAAUAGUAUUUUUUGAAUUAUUACUAUUAUUCCUCGAAGAUAAGUGUAACUAUGUGGAGUUAAACAUGUUCUUUACCUUGUUCUUUUUUAAGAUUUAUGCACAUCCACCCACAGUCCACAGUUUGCUUGCUUGUACUCUGAGCCCACAGAGGUGCAAGGUGUGUUCGCCUAAGAAGAAAGUGAUGUGGGCGUGGUCCAAAAACUAAACUAAACAAAGGUGUCUAUGUACAAUAAAAGUUAAUUUAAGCUUCCGGAUAGUGUCAGUGGUCGCGUUUUUCUCAAACCAGUCAAACGUGACCACCUAAACUCAACUCGGGUGGUGAGGUCAGCUAAUGUCUCUCAACUCGAGAAACUUGAACUGCUGUGAAUAGUCAAAUAGUAGAUGGGGGGGGUGAGAAUGGAGCGAUAAAGUAGAGAGGACAGUUCAGAAAGUGUGUGUGCGUGUGCGGCCAGAGAGUUCAGUGUCAUGGACAAACUGGAUUUGCAUGGCAGAGAGGUAAACGUAUGGUCGGCAGGCUUGAUUCAGUAGAGCUUUUUCUGGAAGGCGGUUUUUCUAUUUUCCGUUUCUUUAUUUCAAAUCAUUUCAUUUUUCAUUUGUAUCAUCUGUAUGAAUGCAAUGCACUAAGUGUCACGAAUGUAGACAGACUUAUUACUGUGUGGCGGUCUAUGGCAUGAGAUGAUGUUUUUGCUUUGUAUCUUGUCACAAGUGAUCAAUCCUAGAUGUUCAAUUUCGAGUUAAGACGAUUGGAAGCUGCAGCGGCCGAGCCUCUACGUCGGGUGUAGAUAUUUUGCUUUUGGGGGGAGGGAGGGGGGAAUUCUGUAUUUGUUUUGCAGCCUUUUUACACAGCUGUGAGAAUCUGUGAGAAAGCAAAUGCCUUGAGUGUGUCAGAGCUGAGGAGGGUGUCUUCUGGCAUUCUGCGAGUCCGCUCGCAUACGUCAGGCACUCUUUUCCGUCAGGCGAGGACCUAAACCUGAUCAAUUCAACACUCAGACUCUGGAUUUCAGUGUUACUGUGACGAAACGUUACAAAACAGGCAAAAUGGAGCAGAACUUCUCCUUACUCGGCUGUUUGUGAAGAAACUGAAGACGGAAACCCACUUUUUCGGGAAGGAAUUGUUUUCUCUAUUUUUCUGCUCUCCACUUCCUGCUCCAGCUGUUAUUUAAGUUGUCUGUAUAUGUGAAAGACUGAACAGCAAACUUGCAGCAUCAAUCUCCUUCAGGCCAACUUGCUGGGCUGGAGUUUCCUCCGUUUCCGCGACUCUGAAAGAUUGCACAUCGUUCACUGAAAAAAGGGGGCAAGGGAGAGUUCAAUUUGUGCUCUGACUUCAUGUCCAAAAAUGUCUUUGUCAGGUCACAAACAAGUUUACUUUGGUUGUGUUUUCCCCCUGACAAUAACAGCUACACAUGUGAGCAGUGUUUUGACGCUCCCUCCCCUUGUACAGAGAAGCCGUUUGGACCCCAGUGCUGUGUCGUCUGAGGUCUGUGUGUGCAGUAGUACCCAGUGUGUGUCUCUUAUUGCAUCAAGGCCUUGAUGAGUGGCUGUAUUGACUUCAUGAAAAAAAAAUUGUGGUUAUUAUUGAUAUUCUUAAUGGGCUAAAAAAAAAAAAAAAGAAAAAAAAAAAAGA